AUGGCAAACAAUCGGGAGCAGGCCCCUUACACGGCAGUUUGUGACAGCGACAUAUCUCAGCAUGCGUCUUCUGGGCUUGAAUUGAGCUGCAAUAUAUCACAGCCGGGCCCUUCCAAUGCAGACCCAACGGCUGUGCAUCAGCCGCAGUCCUCACGGCAAGUGUAUAGACAACUUUUUUUUGACUGUAAGUUACACGUGGUGCUUCAGAAGCUUCUGAGCAGGAACAGAACUGGAGGGGUUGCACCAGAUGACGCUCCACCUGAGACGCGCGACUCCGCAGAACUGCAGCUCACAGACACAGAAGUGGCACGCCUGAUGCGACAGCACCUCAACAUUCUGAUUUCCAGUCAAAGUGCAACGGAAGCGGAAGUGAUAAAGGCAGCCAAGACUCUGGAGCAACGAUUUGCUCAGCCUGCAGCAGACGCGUCGCAGUCUAGAACGAUCGACGUGGAGAUAAGGACAGAUGCACGACCGGAUUGGGAUUCGUUUCGCCCCCGUUCAUCUAUUCAUGCAGAAGGAGGGAUACGAAGGGAAUCACAAGCUGAUAGUAUGCGGCCAGCAAACUGUCAGAUUAGCGAAACUGACUGCACACAGGAGAGCCAAGCCAGCUACCUAGAGCACAAUAUCACUGGGCUGCCUCUCUCACAAACCCAAGACGCACCAACCGCAGAGCAAGCGAGUAACUCCGAGUCACCACAGGGGCUCUUAGACAGCGCUUUUUUCAGUGCUGUUGGGGAAGAAGUGCACUAUGCAGCCCCCGCCGAAGGUGGUGAGAAUCCAAGGAAAAAGCUGUGCCGGAAAGUACUCCACAGGGUUUAG